AUAAAAAGGGCUUACGAAAAUUCACAAAAACAAUUUCAAAUGCCUUUGUAACCCUCCUCUAGUGUUCGUUGCCUCUGUCGCUCGGCAACUGGAAGGAGCCGCGCCCAGACGUGUACGCACACGUAUAUACGUAUAUAUUCACGAUUGCAAUCUGUGGGAGCAUUUUCUUCAGGAACCGAAAGAUUUGCGAGGGAAGGGAUUAUGGAUUCCAUGAGCAGUGCAGAUAUCGUUCGGAGCCCGGCUCUCUAUUUCUCCUCCUCCGAUGAAUUAUUCCGGCGAGCUCUUUCCGAUGGCGGCGGCUGUUAUUUCGGAACCGUUCUGAUUGCCCUUCUGUUCAUCCUUCUCUGGCGCUUUUUCCUCUCCCCAAAAUUCCCGCUCUUCAAUUUCGCUUCUUUUUCUUCUUCUUUCUCCUCUGCCGGCCCUUCUGGAGCUUCAGUUUCUCGUCCCGUGAAUCCCCAAUCAGGAAUCUCUGGGCUUGUGUCUGAUGAAGAUUUGAAAGGCCUAAUUAGAAACUUGGAGGGAAAAAAUGAGCUUGGAGAGACAUGGGAAAACGUCAUUCAUAAAAGCAAUGAUUGUGUGUCAUAUAAUGCUAAAAUCUGCAAGCCGAGGGAGGGCGGUCCACCGAAGUACCUAAGUGUUACUGUGUUUGAGGAUUGUUCUCCAGAGGUUUUGAGGGACUUUUACAUGGAUAAUGAUUACAGGAAACAAUGGGAUAAGACUGUGGUUGGGCAUGAACAGUUGGAGGUCGACAUUACUAGCGGAAUUGAGAUUGGCUGCACGAUAAAAAAGUUUCCCUUUCUGACACCGACAGAGUACGUAUUAGCUUGGAGACUGUGGGAGGGGAAUGAUAACUCGUUCUACUGUUUUAUCAAAGAAUGUGAUCACAACAUGGCGCCACAUCAGAGGAAGUAUAUACGUGUAGGUUAUUUUAGAUCUGGUUGGCGAAUCAGGAAAGUUCCCGGGAGAAGAGCUUGCGAGAUCAAAAUGUUUCACCAGGAAGAUGCUGGGCUAAACUCUGAGAUGGCGAAGCUUGCUUUCUCGAAGGGCAUAUGGAGUUACGUCUGCAAGAUGGAUAAUGCACUUCUUAAAUACAUUGCAACCAGCCAUAGACCCCCAGUGCCCGCUCUAUCUGCUGUCUGCUUAAUACGAAAGGUUCCAUCUGAAUUAGAUUCUCAAAUGGAUGAUGACACACCUUUCGUUAAAACUAGCGGGUUGGGAAAGGGUGACGGACGAUACAGUCGUGAAGCUAAACUGUUGAAAAAGCCGUCGAAGAAACUGAUAGCAAACGGAUUGAUUCUGCUGGGAGGCGCUAUCUGCUUGUCCCGUGGCCACUCUGCGUUAGGUGCUAAAGUUGCGUUGGCUUACUUGUUGAACAAACUGAGCAAAAAGCAUGGAGCUUUCCCGAGUCAAGCCAGCCAGAACGCCGGUUAAGUCACUCCAAGAUUUGAAGGAUCAUCAAAGGCGGAAACGCUUGGUGUAUUCAGCGAGAGCCCACAGUGGAAAGAUGUUUCUAUAGUUGGGAUAGUGGAGCAUCACAUUCGUCUUGAAAGCCCCCUCGAUCUCCUGCAACAUGCAUGCAUUUCCCCACAUCUUUAACGCUUUUUUUUUCAAUCUAUCUUGUUUUCUUCUUCGGCAUAGAAAACAAAAGGAAAUUAUAAUAUAUCCUCACCUGUUGUGGGAAAUCGCCAUUUUCCAACUGUGAGUUGAUCAACAAUUUGGCAGCAUGA